AUGUCUCCCCAGCUCUCCUCUCCAUCAUAUUCGACAUACAUCACGAAGUGCUCGAAAGUUGCAUCCAUCACGUUCUCGAAGUUCCAGCUACUUGAAAUGCUGGACACGUUACCCGAUGAGGUCGCUCUAGUGUGGUCAGCGAAGUUCAGCACCAUGAAGGUUAUAUUUCUCAUCAACAAGUACUCGCCACUUGUUGACACGCUACUGGGGAUUUGUCUCGAUCUGGUCGCCACAGACCCAAAGUGGUGCAAUAUCGAAUUCCAGGUUCUCGCAUACUGCUACAUUGUCGGGGUAGUGAUAUCGGAAUGCAUCUUGAUCGCAAGAACAAUGGCAUUGUGGGAGUUCAACAGACUAGUCGGUGUGCUUCUGCUCGGAGCAGGCACGGAGUUGUUGCUUUUCGCAUUAUACUCGGCUCAGCAGACGAUCACACAUGUCACAUACCCCUCGCCUGAAGUCUCUAGACUGUAUGGAUGUGCCCCUGGAGGUCAAGAUCGGGACGUAUGGCCAGCGUACAUGUGUAUGCUGCUUGCGGAGACAGGUAUUAUCGUGCUCACCCUGAAAAAGCGUUGGCUGGACCCUGUUGUCGAUACCCCCAAGUCUGGAGAGCUAUUUCGGACUAUGUAUCGAGACGGGACUUUCUUUUACCUGAUCGUCUUUUUUGUCUCCUUGCUCAAUCUCGUCGUCAUGAUUUCCACCUCGGAUGGACUUGUCUCGUCGCUGCAAAUGCCCCUGAGGGCUGCGAUGCUGUCGUCAAAGCGCCAGCUGGACGACUUCUCCAGGAAUACGGCGCUGGCGUUCGAGAAUAUCGACCUCCCGACCCUUCAGGAGUCGACCUCGAUCAGUGCACGCACGACCUGCAGGAGACUGGAUAUUACGCACGCUUCCUACUUUUAUGCCAACAAGUGCACGAGAGUCGCUUCGAUCACAUUCUGGUUGCUUGAAGUACUCGAUACCCUUCCUGAUGAGGUCGCGCUGGUGUGGUCUGCGAAGUUCAGUAUCAUGAAAGUGAUUUACUUCGUCAACAAGUAUGCGCUGGUCAUAGACACCACACUCGGGAUUACCGUCAACUUCGCCAUUACAGACACGGUGGCGUGUCACGCCCAAUUUCAAGCACUCUUCUAUUGUUAUAAUGUCGGAAUACUGUUCUCAGAGAUGAUUCUCAUGGCGAGGACCAUGGCCCUUUGGGAGUUCAACAAGCUCGUUGUGUAUUUUCUCGUCGGUGCAUCAGUAGAACUGGUCGGGUUUUCGAUAUAUGCGUCGCAGCAACUCGUCAACCAUGUCAUAUGGUUUAUUGGCCUUACUCUGAUGAAGCGUUGGCUUCAACCAGUCGAUGACCACCCGAAAGCCGGAGCACUGUUUCGAACCAUCUAUCGAGACGGAACUUUCUUCUACAUCAUCAUCUUCUUCGCGUCGAUGCUGAACCUCCUAGUGAUAAUAUUGGCACCGGGCCAGCUCGUAUUCACCAUCCAGAUGCCGCUCCGCGUUAUACACAGUGCGCUCUGCUCAAGGGUCCUCCUCAACCUGCGCAAAGCGGCGGCGCUGUCCUCGAGAGCCAGCCUGCACGACUUCUCCCGCAUCACGGCCAUCGCGCUCGAGAACGUGGACCUGCCGACUCUCCAGGAGAUCGGGCUCGACCAGUGUUCGCACGAGCUGCAGGAGACGGGGUACUACGCAUGA